AUGUCUGUUACCCCAAAUCGCACCAUCAUCAUCGUCGGCGUGGGAUCGACCAUGUCCCGGUCGCUUGCUCUUUGGCUCGCCAAUCUGGGAUGGAACAUCGCUCUGGUCUCUCGCUCCGAAAAUAGCUUAUCCAAGAUUGCCGACGAGGUCAAAGCCGCCCGGACAAGCGCUGACGCAAAAGUGAUAUACCGCACUGCCGACGCUGGUAAUCCUAGCAGCCUUACUACCGCCCUAGACUGGUGUGCCCUGCAAUUUGACGGCAAGGUGGACGUUUUGAACUAUAAUGCUGCCCAUGUUGCUGAAUCACACGUCUCCGAGCUCAGCAUAGAGAUGCUGGAGCUUGAUCUCCGGGUUUCUGCUAUUGGUACUCUUGUCGCAGGCCAGUGGUUCACCCGCAACGCCAACUCCGACUAUAUCUCCAAUGGAGAGUGGCCACUCUUCCUUGUUACUGGUGGUGUACUUGACAAAGAGCCACAGGUCACUUUCUCCUCACUUUCUGCUUCCAAGGCGGCAUCGCAAACUCUUAGUCGCCUCUUUGCGCAGACGCUCCCCGAAGCUUCUCAUAUUGUGGUCGGUAUGCCGCUGAUCAAAGCACGUAUCGACGAUCCAGAAACUGGCGGCUACGCUGAGGGCUACAAUCCUGACACCAUCAUCCAGAAGGUUUUUAGGCCUUUCUUUGAGGACCGCGAGAAGCUGCAGAAUGGAGUGGAAAAUUGGACGGUGGAGCGGGUUAUUUGA